CAGGAGUCGGAGAGGGCGGCCGCGGGCGCCGCCGCCUCCUCCUCCAUGACUGUUUACCCGGCUGCAUUGUGGGAGUUUGACCUCCGCCGCCAACCGCCGCCUCAGCUCGCGCCGUCGCUGCCGCGCACGCCAUGGGAGCCGUGACUGACGACGAGGUCAUACGGAAGCGUCUUCUGAUUGAUGGAGAUGGUGCUGGGGAUGACCGGAGAAUUAAUCUCCUCGUGAAGAGCUUUGUCAAAUGGUGCAACUCUGGAUCCCAAGAGGAGGGAUAUAGCCAGUACCAACGUAUGCUGAGCACUCUGUCUCAAUGUGAAUUUUCAAUGGGCAAAACUUUGCUGGUAUAUGAUAUGAAUCUCAGAGAAAUGGAAAAUUAUGAAAAAAUAUACAAAGAAAUAGAAUGUAGUAUUGCGGGAGCACAUGAGAAGAUUGCUGAGUGUAAAAAGCAAAUUCUUCAAGCAAAACGAAUACGAAAAAAUCGACAAGAAUAUGACGCUUUGGCAAAAGUGAUCCAGCAUCAUCCCGACAGGCAUGAGACACUGAAGGAGCUAGAGGCUCUGGGCAAAGAACUGGAGCAUCUCUCACAUAUUAAAGAAAGUGUUGAAGAUAAGCUGGAAUUGAGACGGAAACAAUUUCACGUUCUUCUUAGUACCAUCCACGAACUUCAACAAACAUUGGAGAAUGACGACAAGCUAUCAGAGGUUGACGAAGUUCAAGAAAGUACCAUGGAAACAGACUCUAAGUCGUAGAUGGGCCAACUGUCCCCAGUCACAGGGACAGUGGAAAGCUGCAUGGGCUUACUGGGUUUGGUUUAUUGUGCUUUUGAGAUGCUUCAACUUUGGCAGUGAAAUGCUUUGCUUUUAAAUAUUAAUUCAUGUCUCACUCAUAUUUCUUCACAAAAAGGCAAUGUAUUUGGUGUAUGUGUGUUUUUUAAAUGCAUUUUUAUCCUUUAAGGUAAAAUUCAACAUCUGAAAACAUUUAACAAAAUGUCUCAAGCUGGAUCUUUGUUAUUCAAAACUGGGUAACUGGUAACAGAUCAGCUGAGGAGUCUGAGAAGAUCAUGUUUGGAAUACACAUGAGGAAGCACUUUUGAAAGUGAGGGGCCGUGAUCACUACUACAUGUAGAACAUGUUCAUUGCAGGGAAGGUUUCCACUCUGUUAGGAAUUGCUGGUGUAUGACAUCAGUCCAUCUGCAUUGCUUUUCUACGUCUCUCUCUGUUAGUGCUUGAGAAAUGUGUUUAGUAAAUGUCUCCUCUCC